AUGACCUUCGCGUUCCCCCGCGUAAAUCGCGUCUCAGGCAGCAGCUCUCAAUUACGCAAAGGCUGGCCCUGGGUUUCACUCUUUUACGCUCAUCCAGACAAUCUGAAGGAGAGAGAAAACAUGGCUGACGACAGUUACACGCGAGAUGAGGAGAAUAUUGAGGAGGAAGAGGUUGACGAGACGAGCUUUCGGGCCGUCAAGGAUGCUAUCCUCUUUGCGAUUGAUGUCAGCAGCUCGAUGCUGGAACCCCGUCUAUCCGAAGGUUCCAAGAAAUCCGGUGAAGAAUCACCUACAUCGGCGGCUCUUAAAUGCGCGUACCAUUUGAUGCAGCAGCGCAUCAUAUCCAACCCCCAUGACAUGAUUGGCGUCUUACUCUACGGCACCGAAUCGUCCAAGUUCUACGAUGAAGAUGGGGAGCACGGAGGUGACCUCUCAUACCCGCAUUGUUAUCUCUUUACCGACCUCGAUAUUCCAUCGGCCCAAGAGGUCAAGGAGCUACGAGCUCUAGCAGAAGAUGAAGAGGAGGCUCGGAAGAUCUUGAAACCGUCGAAGGAGCGUGUUUCGAUGGCGAACGUUCUGUUCUGCGCCAACCAAAUCUUCACCUCGAAAGCCCCGAACUUUCUCUCGAGACGCCUGUUCAUUGUGACCGAUGAUGACAAUCCGCAUGGAGACAGCAAGUCGCAGAGGUCUGCGGCCACAGUUCGUGCACGGGAUCUAUACGACCUGGGUGUGAAUAUCGAACUCUUCCCUAUCUCUCGGCCUGACCAUGAAUUCGAUACCUCUAAAUUUUACGACGAUAUCAUCUACAAAACUUCCCCCAGUGACGGUGAAGCCCCUGCCUAUCUCCAGCCAGACACGAACACUUCGACGGCUAAAGGAGACGGUAUCUCGUUGCUGAACUCUCUCUUGUCAAGCAUCAAUUCCAGAUCCGUGCCGCGACGGUCACUUUUCUCAAACGUUCCUUUGGAAAUUGGACCCAACUUCAAAAUUUCUGUCAAUGGAUACCUUUUGCUGAAGCGACAGGAGCCGGCGCGGAGUUGCUAUGUCUGGCUUGGGGGAGAGACACCUCAAAUAGCCAAAGGCGUAACUACCCAGAUGGCCGAUGAUACAGCACGGACAGUGGAAAAGUCAGAGAUAAGAAAAGCUUACAAGUUUGGAGGAGAGCAAGUUUCCUUUACUCUCGAAGAAUUGCAGGCAUUGAGGAACUUUGGGGACCCCGUGAUCCGCAUCAUCGGCUUCAAGCCCCUGUCUGCCCUGCCAAUCUGGGCAAAUGUUAAGCAUCCCUCCUUCAUAUAUCCUUCUGAGGAAGACUACGUCGGCUCCACGCGUGUGUUUUCGGCAUUGUAUCAAAAACUCCUGAAGGACAAAAAGAUAGCCCUGGUUUGGUUCAUUCCUCGCAAGAAUGCAGCACCGGUGCUGGGGGCUAUGGUUGCUGGGGAUGAGAGAAUUGACGAGAAUGACGUGCAGAAAGUUCCGCCUGGGAUGUGGAUUAUUCCUCUUCCCUUCGCAGACGAUGUGCGACAGAAUCCCGAGUCCAGCAUGAACGUGUCACCGGACUCUCUGACCGAUGCAAUGCGCCAAGUCAUUGGACAACUGCAGCUUCCAAAGGCUGUGUACGAGCCCCACAAAUAUCCAAACCCAGCCCUUCAAUGGCAUUACCGCAUAUUACAAGCCCUGGCGCUAGACGAGGAUCACCCAGGAGAGCCAGAAGACAAGACGAAACCGAAAUACCGGCAGAUCGACAAGCGUGCGGGUGACUAUGUUCUUGCCUGGUCCGACGAACUUGAUGCCACUUUCAGCAAGAUGUUUGGCGGCACCGCCGCUACAAAAUCAACAUUGGUCAAGCGGGGUCCAAAAGACGGCGCAGACAGCGCCGGUGAUCCCCCAGCAAAGCGGGUGAAAAUUGAAGACAGUACUGGUGGUGCCGAGAGCGAAGUAAAACGUUGCUACGAGAAGGGGAUGCUGUCGAAGCUCACGGUGGCUGUGCUGAAAGAUUUCCUGGUUGCCCAAGGCCGGUCCGCGGCUGGGAAGAAAGCCGAUCUCGUGGACCGAGUCGAGCAAUUUUUUGAGCAGAAAUGA